AUGACCACGAGGUUUGAAUCCGGGGCAAAAGAUCUGGGGAGGCCAGUAUCGAACCAUCACAACAUCAAAGCCAGGUUCUCGGCCGCGCGGCCCGGGCACCCAGAUUAUCGGACAUCACAUAGUGCGCCCGCAGUCAAUAUUAAUAAGGCUCCUUGCGGGGCCCGGCUGCACGCGCUAACCGAUGAGACACAGGACCGUGGUGUGUACCCCUAUAUACCCAUCGCAGGGAUCGCCUCAUCCCUCCCAUUCACACUGGGGUCUGAACGCCCGACUGGGGAUGAUCCGGUCCUUAUUGGUGGCCCGAGGGGCCAGACGAAGGCGAAGGCGAGGGCGAAGGAGAGCUGGAUACGGGCCAAGGCUGAUGCAGAUGCCACACUAGCCAUGACCGCGACCCACGACCGGGGAGGGGGGAAAUGGCUACGGCUCAGCUCCGAGUACAUCACAGUGGGGUGGCAUGGUCGGUUUCCUGGAAGCUCUAGACGGAGAUGCUUCCAGUGA